CGAACUUAGCGGAAACUUAGCAGAGAAUGCUCCAAAAGUCCAGGGUUCUCCUGCUGCUGGCGGUGGCUGCGUCUGCAUCCUAUGAAGUUGAGCAGAAUGAUUCCGUCGGCCCCAGGAAGACGAGGCUUGCCGCCCAAAACUCAGCGGAUGUGGUUCGAUGUUUAAAUAGUGCCCUCCAGGUAGGAUGUGGUGCUUUUGCCUGCCUGGAAAACUCCACGUGUGAAACAGGAGGCAUGUAUGACAUCUGCAAGUCCUUCCUCUACAGCGCUGCUAAAUUUGACACUCAGGGGAAAGCCUUUGUGAAGGAGAGCUUGAAGUGCAUUGCAAACGGCGUGACCUCCAAGGUUUUCCUCGCCAUUCGGAGAUGCGCUACGUUCCAGCGGAUGAUUUCCGAGGUGCAGGAGGAAUGUUACAGCAAGCUGAACAUCUGCGGCAUUGCAAAAAGGAACCCGGAAGCGAUCACGGAAGUAGUCCAGCUUCCAAACCACUUCUCAAACAGGUAUUACAGCAAGCUUGUGAGAAGCUUAUUGGAGUGCGACGAAGAGACUGUGGGGACCAUCAAAGCCAGUUUGAUGGCCAAAAUUGGACCAAACAUGGCCAGCCUUUUCCAUCUACUGCAAACGGAUCACUGUGCCCAAAUCCAUCCCAGAGCAGACUUCAGUCGGAGACGUAUCGCUGAGCCUCAGAAGCUGAAAAUCUAUUUCAGGAAUCUCCGGGGGGAGGGAGCUGCUCAGUCCCACAUGAAGCGUGCUUCUUCAGAAAGUGUGUAAUGUUCCACAAGAAGGUGGAAAAGUAGGGAAUCCAAGCUCUACCAAAGUAGGAAAUUACUUGCUCUCUCUUAUUUUAUUUUUCUCUUAGCACUCACUACACAUCAGAAAUGUACUGUAACUGAUUUCGAAGAACACUGAGCCAAUCUACACAUUCAAAUAAUCAAAACAAGCAAAGCAUGUGGCAUAGCCCUCCUGGGACUGUACUACUUCAACACGCAGAUGGGGUAGUUGCAUAUUUAAAAACUCGGUUCUACAAGAACUCACAUAAGCACAUGUUAAAGCCUAGCAUAUCUGAUAGA